CGAAAAAGACCACCAGGUGGCGCUCUACAGCCGUGUUCCACCUCCUUAUCUUUAGCAGGGAUUCUCUCACACCACUAUCACCCAGCACUGUAGAUCAAAAGAUGUGAAAACAGGAAGGCAAUACCACAAAAUGAUCUGAGAAGAGAUGAUAGCAGAACCAACAUUACUCUCAAGAAGAGUGCAAAAAGAGAACACCAGUGUUGAUGUCCCUUCCUGCACAUCUGUGAAUCAUGCCUCUGGUGUGAGAAAUGAAAACAGAAAGAAGAAUGUGAGAGGGAAAAGGAAAGCCCGGGAUGGCUCGGAGAAUGCUAAGCGGAAGCUUUCAAAGACCAACCAUGGUCCCUUUGGCAGAGUGGAGAAUGUGCAGCUCAAAGAUGGAGACAUGGAAGCCUUCACCUUGUUUGAGGUGGUCAGUAUGGGCAGGAGUGCCAUGCAGGCUGUGGUUGACGACUGGAUUGAGGCUUAUGUUAUGGACAGAGAACCAGCACUUCUUGACCUCAUCAGCUUUUUCAUUCAGUGUUCAGGAUGCAAAGGGGUAGUAACUGCUGAGAUGUUCCAGAGCAAGGAAGAUUCUGAUGUCAUGAGCAAAAUGGUGGAGGACCUGGACGAGGGCUCAGGUUUGCAGUAUAAAAGGUUUCUGGCAUUUCCAUGGAUACUGACUGUCACUUGGCCCAUUGACAUUGACAAUGGAGAGUAUCCUCUUGUCAUGUCUGGGCUGUACUGGAAAAAGUUCCGCUCUCACUUUUGUGAGUUUGUCUCAGUGCUGAUAUCGCAGUGUCAAUAUAACGUGAUCUUUGACAACUACCUCCUGAACACACUCAUCUCUCUUCUGACUGAGCUCUCAGCAUCACAUAUGCGUGCCUUUAGACACACAUGCACACUGGCAGCAGUAAAGUUGCUCAGCGCUUUAGUGAAUGUGGCGCUCAAUCUCAGUGUUAGCGUGGAGAACAACCAGAAACUCCUUGAGGUUGAGCUGGCUAAGAUGUCCAGCAAGCGAGCCUCACCACGGGUGGACAAGAUACAGAAGAAGAUUACUGAGUUGAAGGAUAGAAAGCUGGAAAUAGAAGACAUGAUGGAUGCUAUUUUUAAAGGAGUUUUUCUUAAAAGAUACAGAGAUGUAAUAUCCGAGAUCAGGGCGAUCUGUAUAGAAGAACUGGCUGUGUGGAUGAAGCUUUACAGUGCCGUGUUUCUUAAUGAUACCUGUCUGAAAUAUGUAGGAUGGUUGAUGCAUGACAAGCAACCUGACGUGCGCUUGAAGUGUGUUUUGGGUCUGCAAGGACUUUAUCAGGACGUUAAUCUUAUCUCCAAAAUGGACCUUUUCACCAGUCGAUUUAAGGAGAGAAUGAUCUCCAUGAUUUUGGAUAAGGACCAUGAGGUUGCACUGCAGGCAAUGAGGCUGCUGAUGACAAUUUCCCAGUUCUGUGAUGAUGUGCUGACUCAGGCUGACUACAAGCACAUGUUUCAAUUUGUAUACUCUAUUCAUCGACCACUUGCAGCCAUGGCAGGGGAAUUUCUCUUCACCAAGUUACUUAGUCAGCCUACAAUGCCAGUGAGGAGGACAGGAUUAUCUGAGGAAGACAGACACAGAGAGCUAACUCUGGCCAGAGUCCGAGCUCUUAUUCAGUUCUACACUGAGAACCAGCUGCAUCAGCAUGUGCUGUAUCUAGUGGACAGUCUGUGGGAGAGUGGUGGACCACUGUUAAAGGACUGGGCCUUUUUUACCUCUCUGCUCACAGUUCAUCCCCCCUUAACGGACCAAGCUUUAAGCAGCACCGAAGAGACUCUGGUGAUUGAGAUUCUUUUGGCGUCAGUAAGGCAGGCUGCUGAGGGACCUCCACUAGCAGGGAGAAGCCUGGGGAAGAAAUUUAUCAGUACAAAAGAGAAGAGGUUGCAGACAGAUGACUGUGCAAAACUUACAGAACACUUCUUAAAGGUGCUCCCUGAUCUGUUCUCCAAGUACUCAGGAGAUGCUGAAAAACUUACGUAUUUCCUCAAAAUAACUCAGUACUUUCAAAUGGAAACAUGUGGCGAUGAACACAAAGAGUCUGUGCAGGCACUGCUCGCUGGAUUAGAAGAUGCAGUGGAUUCUCACACAGAGGCAGCACUCCUAGAAGCAGCUGUUCGGUCGUAUCAUAACCUCUGUGCAAAUGAUUCACCCUGGCAGCACAUGGCAGCUUCUGCUAUAGGACAACUCAUCCAACGCUGGACACACACACUGGGCUCAUGCUUAGAAGAUGCAGUAACUGCUGGAACUUUUAUUGGAGGGGGAGACAAAAAUGACAAGAUUUUGUCCAGUUUGAAAAAAUUAACUGCUUUCAACAAUGCUCAGGACCUGACUAAAUGGGGAACAUAUGAGCUGGUCUCUAAGCUCCUUGUAGUUGAGUCACAGAAUGGAGGUGUGCCAGUAGAGAUGAUCACUGAGGCUCUGCGCUGUGUCUGCUGCUGCAUCCUGUGGAACCUGAACAACUUUGGAGAAGGAGUGACCUCCAGGGAGUCAGCUCUCUAUCAGAGGAGUCAACUGCGAGCGUUUUGUGAAAAAUGCCACCGUUGUCUUUCACACACGGAAAAGGUGGUAAGAGAACAGGCGUUCAUGUGUUUGAGCGAUAUCCUCGUAGCCCACAGUUACCAGCUGCAGAUGUGGGAUUCAUCAGCAGGUGCUCCUCUGUUCUAUACCCCUGAACCCAGACUGCAGAAAGCACUGCUUAGCUUCAUUCUAGAGCACAUCUUUACUGGCCCUGAACCACACAGCCACAGCAGCACAGGCAGCGAGAGUAAGGGUGGGGUGAGCUGGCCGGAGGACUUGCACCGGCGGAGGAAUCUGUUGGCUGCCUACUGUAAACUGAUAGUGCACAGUGUGCUUGAGAUGAGUAUGGCUGCUGAGAUCUUCAAGCACUACAUGAGGUACUACAAUGACUUUGGCGAUAUUAUCAAAGAAACUUUGAACCGCACUCGACAAAUAGACAAGAUCGAAAGCGCACGCACCCUGGUCCUGUGCCUUCAGCAGCUGUACCUGCGGUUAAAGCAGGAGCAGGACACUGGGAACAUGUGCAGUUCAGGAGUGCAGACCUACAGCAGUAUCAAAGAGCUGGCCAGACGCUUCUCUCUCACCUUUGGCUGGGAUCAAAUCAAAUCCCGCGAGUCUCUGGCCAUGAUCCACAGGGAUGGCAUUGAGUUUGUUUUUCAGGGUUUUGUUCAGCAGUCAGAGAAGCACCCGCCGCCAUACCUCUCUUACCUCACCAUCCUCAGCGAGUUCUCCAGUAAGCUGCUCAAACCUGACAAGAAGACCAUAUACAGCUAUCUGCAGCAGUACAUUGGUGAGCAGUGCAUCAGUAACAGGGAGGAGUGCUGGAUGCCUCUCAUCUAUUACAGAACGUCUCUCCAGGGCACAGCUGAGGGAGAAGAUGCCGUGUCCUUCAUCAGCUCUGACACUAAUAAACAGCUCUCACUUACUAAUCGCUCCAGAUCGCCCUCCAUCAAACCGACUGCAUCUGAAGGGGAGCUACGAAUCUCACAGAUGUCCGAAACUAAAGCGAGCAAACAGCAGAAGAGUUGUGUUGUCCUCUGUGUAGCCUGGAGCCGAGAGUCACAGAAAAGAUUGCUGUGCUCAGAGAGGAAACGGUUGAUAUCCAGCCAGGGGUCACUGGUGAAGAAGUGGACGUGGAUACAGUAGAAAUAGACACUUGACAUCCUUAUGAUAAUCUGUUUCAUGCUGUUCAUUAAGAGUAUUGAGAAUGAUGCUCAAUGUGACCUCAUUCCUUUUUAUUAUAUAUUUACUGUAAGAAAUGAUAUAAAGCCUUUGUGCUAAAGACUCUAAUUAUUUGUUUUUUUUCCCUCUAAACCAGAUCUAAGCUAAAGACCAUUUUUAACAUGCAUUUUGUCUUCUUUGCUGUUAUAUUACAUUAGGCAUGUGUUUCCUCCGAGACACAUAAGGCUAACCACUGUAUAUUUUCAUCAUCGCAGCACAUAGUAACAUACAGCUGUUUAAUGACAAAUUACUUUGAGGGUACAUUAGCUUCCUGUGCUGUCUUAGCACUGACUAAAAUUGCUUUAAUGAGCUGAACUGGAAUACAUUUGACCCAUCUUUGCCAUAUAUGGAAUAUAGUUUUACCUAAAAGCAACAUGAUUCUAAUGCAGUAUGAGAGAAUUAUAGACUUGUGAAGGCUCAUACUGCAGGUUGGUGAUUACCAGUGUUUAUAUUUAUGACAUUUGGCAGGUUCCCUUAUCCACAGGGACUUUUCCAAUUUAUACACCUAAGCAGUUGGGUUAAGAGCCUUGCACUUGGAAUGGGAUUUGAACUCAUGACCUUCUGAUCCUAAGCCAAUGUUUUAACUACUUAGCUACCAUGUUUCAUAUUAUCCACUAUACUGUCCGAUGACCUUUUUUUUUUAUAUUCUGCAAAUGUAAUGGUCAAAAUUAUAUUAGGAAAUGUUUAAUAUUUUGGACCUACCCAAACAAAUUCUCAAAAUGAAAAGAGCCAAUGUUCACUUAUAUUUGAUGCCAAUGUACAGACGUACAGACAGUGGGGGAGUGGAAGCUCAGUGGUUGGGCCCUUGAGCAAGGCCCUUAACCCUUCUGUGCUCCAUUGGCUGUAUCAUAGCUGACCAUGUGCCCUGACCCCAACUUCCGAGCAAGCUGGGAUAUGCGAAGAAAGAAUUUCACUGUGCUGUAAUGUAUAUGUGACAAAUAAAGGCUAUUCUAUUCUUCUUCUGCA